AUGAAUUAAUUAGAAGAUUAGUUUAAUCUAUAAAAAUUUCUAUGGUUAUAAGAUGCCAUAAUCUAUGAUUUAUAAUACUUUUAAUAUCACUUCAACUUUAUUGAGCUAUGCAGAGAAACAACAAAAGUUAAUAUAUGUGUAUUAUACAGAUUUUUAUGCAAAUGGGAGGAAUACUUAAAACAGCAUUCCAAGACAUUAUUUCAAAAUGUGAUAUAAUUGAAAGGAAUUAAAGAAACUUUUCACAUGUUCAUGUGUCUCUAAUUUAAUAUAUCUUAUUGGAAAAGAAUAUGGGUAUUUUUAUAAGGAACAUUUUAUAGAUGUAGCUAAAUAUAAUGGUGAGAAUUGUGAUCAUUUGAAAGGUACAGAAUUAGAUGCAUAUGCAAAUUAUGAAUCAACUGCAAGAACUGUUUUAAGAUUAAUGUGGUUUUUAGAUUAUGUUGCUGUUCUAUUAGAAAUGCUAAUCAAUAAACCAAAUGUUAGUUUAGGUUCUAUUUGUGCCGAGGCCUAUAAUAUUGCAUUAGCUCCUCAUCAUCCAUUUGCAGUUAGAUUUGCAGCUAGAACUGGUAUGUUAGUUGUUGGAAGGUUAUAAUUAAUCAAUUUUUUAGUCGUGAAUCAUUGUAUAAGAUUUUAUUCUAAAAUCAUGAAGACAUUAAUCCAACUUUAUAAUAAUGUUAUAAUAAUUUCACUAAGAUUAAAAACAGACUUUGGGAUCUAUAUAAACAAGAAUAAUUAUGCGAUUUACCAUGA